AUGAAGAAGCUGCUAGUCUUUUUAACCACAAACGCUCUUGAGUCAAUAUCAGAUGUGGUCCUAUCAGCUCAACCAGUUGCCGGUCUUGUUUGCGUAGUAAAUGGUUUUGGCGGAAGAAGGUCUUUGAGAAGGAGCUACAUGUGUUCUUGUUCGAGAAUCCGCAUCCCGUCGAAUCUGCGGCGUUGCUUCCUUUUGUUCACCGCGAAAAAUGAAAUCUUGAGAAAGAAGGCCUUGUGGGGCAUCUCCAACAGCGCCCAAGAAGGAAGAUGGAAAGUCUUCUUUGUAGACUCGCACCGCUUACUUACGGUAGCCGCCCACCCAUUCUUCCUUUCCGACCUUAGCUUAGCUGCUCACGCCAAUGCUCAUGGGUAUGGGACCAUAACUGCUGCUACUGUUAUACUCCCACACUCUAAGAGAGUCCUACCGUCGGCUCAUCUUCUAUCUAAGACCUCCUCAAUGAGAGGAUGCCUUAAAGUCUUUUCUCAGCAAGAGGAUGCGCGAACCAUUGUUCCAAAGAUCGGAGAAUCUAGGGAACCGGAAAAGCGAAACCUUGUCAGGAAGAAAGUGAAGCAGGAAUACCUAAAAUCUUUCAUGAUGAGCGCCAAAGACUCAAAAGCUCACGCGCGAUCUACUGAUCAAAUAGAGCAUCAUCACGACCUCGAGCCGACUCUCGUCUGCGAGAAGGAACUCCGAGUGAAGAAGAAGCUGUUACAGAAGCCACAGCUAGUUUUCUUUAAGCAGAAAAAGGCCAGCCAGUUUUUGCUGUUGUCAGGUUUGAAAGAACCGCAGCGAUUGGCGACGAAAAGGCGAAACUCCCAGCUCUCCGCAAGAAUAAAGAGCUGGUGGAAGGUGCAGAUGAAGAAGCUGCUAGUCUUUUUAACCACAGACGCUCUUGAGUCAAUAUCAGCUGUGGUCCUAUCAGCUCAACCAGUUGCCGGUCUUGAACGGAAGGAAUUAGGCUGGGGAUACCCCAAAAGAAAGCAGGUAAAGGCUGCUAAGCCAGUUAGCUAUUCAUUUCGGUGUCAAACAAAAGAAAUAGGCAUGGCAUCCUCUAGCUCAGCCAGUAAAGGAAGCAAUUCAGUGGAAGAAAGGAACUACCCCACCAUAUGGUAUGCUCAUGUAGCGAGGGAAGUUCCAGUAGCUGGAGAGGAACUCCCCGAUAUCCCAGUAGUUAACGCUUCUCCGCUCGGCAAUCCGUUAAAUGAUAAAUAG